CCUUCAAAAUCCAACCAAGGCCACGUGGCACGUGACAUCCGACUCAAUCGGAAUCCCGAAGCUGGUGGCAGGCGUGGGGCAAUCAACUGCAAACUGCUGAGGUUCAACGAGGCUCAGCGCCUAAUUAGCUACGCGCAUCGUUGCUCAACCAUGCUCACUUAUCCUUAACCUCAUCCGCUGCAGCUUAUACUCCUCUCCUCACUCCUUCCAACGAUCACAUCCACCCCCGCACUUUGUUUGAUCCGUAGUCUCCGCACAUCUUCGAUCGUCGACGCCUUAUCUACACUUGUGACUACGAUUCAUUACACACCAGAAUACUCAGUCAGGCUUGGGGUCAAUACGGUCACAAUGAGUCUAUGUCUCAACCGCCUCACCGAGGAGAGGAAGCAAUGGCGCAAAGACCAUCCAUUUGGCUUCUAUGCUAAGCCCCAUCGCAAUGCUCAAGGCGUUUUGGACAUGAAGAAAUGGGAAUGUGGGAUUCCAGGGAAGGCAGCUACGUUGUGGGAGGGUGGCCUCUUCAAACUAGACCUAAUUUUCCCUGAUGAAUAUCCUACCAAACCUCCAAAAUGUAAAUUUGUCCCGCCGCUCUUCCACCCGAAUGUCUACCCUUCUGGCACCGUCUGCCUGUCGAUCCUCAACGAGGAAGAAGCCUGGAAACCUGCUAUUACCAUAAAACAAAUUCUGCUUGGCGUUCAAGAUCUCCUCAACGACCCUAACCCUGAAUCACCCGCCCAGGCGGAGGCCUAUAAUCUUUUCAAGAAGGAUCGCGCGGCUUAUGAAAAAAAAGUAAAGCAAGUCGUGAGGGAAAAUCCGGCGCCAUAGCUGCUUUUAAGAUACCGGUGUGCAGUUUGAUCCUGUCACAUCUUCCUUUUUUUUCUGUCUAUCGGGAGUUUCUCAUACGGCCAUGGAGUUCGAGCGGGGGGUUGUCUCUUUCUUCCAUACCAUUUUCAUUGCUUUUGGUGGAUACAAUCGAGUC